AUGGAGCCACAAGGUGAUGCCGGAGCACAAGGCGGAAGCCAAGGACCACGCGCCUCAAAUAAGCGGCUUCAGCAAACUCAGGCUCAGGUCGAUGAGGUGGUUGGAAUCAUGAAAGUAAAUGUUGAGAAAGUUCUGGAGAGAGAUCAGAAGCUCUCGCAGCUUGAUGAUCGUGCUGACGCUCUGCAGGAAGGAGCUUCUCAAUUUGAGAAAUCGGCGGCGACUUUGAAGCGCAAGUAUUGGUGGAAAAACAUCAAAAUGAUGAUUAUCAUGUGCGCAAUUGUCGUCAUUCUCAUCAUUAUUAUUGUGUUGUGGGCCGGCGGAAAGUAA